UCGCAACUAGCUAAGAACCUAUUGUCACUUUAAUGCCCCUUUAAAAAAAAAAACUUCAAAAUUAUUCGUUGCGAUACAAAUUGUUGGAAAUUCUUUUAAACUUUAGCUGGGUACUCGGAGGCGAUGGCUGCGACUCAGAAAAAGGUUAUAGUUAUCGACUCGAAAAGUGUGUUUACCAAAAUUCUGGAGGAUGCUGGCAGCAAGCACGUCCUUGUGGAAUUCUUUGCCACCUGGUGUGGUCCAUGUGCGAUGAUCGGUCCUCGACUGGAGCAACUUGCCAACGAAUACUCAACCCGCUUGAUUAUCCUCAAGAUCGAUGUGGACGAAAACGAGGAACUGGCGCUUCAAUAUGAUGUCACAGGCAUGCCCACGUUUGUGAUCAUUAAGAAUGGGGUCACGCUCAUACAGUUCGUGGGCAGCAAUCCGGAGAAGAUCGUCAGUGUUGUGGAGAAGUAUGUGGGCAAGGUGGAGGACAAUAAGCCUGGAAAACCAUCGUCCGCCACGGGUACGGCGUCGGUGUCGGCACCGGCGGCCAACCGAGGCAGCUCAAACUAAUACUCAAGUCCUCGCAGUAAAUUCAAAUUUCAAUAUCAAUGUGUGAUUUUUAAUUAAAUACUAAUGACUUGG